AACCUGUCCAGUCACGUCUUACAGGCUACAUUGGAGGAGCUAAAGGCAUCAUAUCGGAGGCUGUGUAUGCUCUAUCAUCCUGACAAACAUCGAGACCCAGAGCUAAAAAGACAGGCGGAACUGCUCUUCAACCAGGUGCACCAGGCAUAUGAGGUGCUGAGUGAUGCUCACUCCAGAGCCAUCUAUGACAUCUUUGGGAAGAAAGGACUGGAGGUGGAAGGCUGGGAGGUGGUGGAGAGGAGGAGAACCCCAGCAGAAAUUCAAGAGGAGUAUGAAAGACUGCAGAGAGAAAGAGAAGAGAAGAGACUGCAGCAAAGAACUAAUCCCAAGGGCACCAUCAGUGUGGGUGUGGAUGCAACGGACCUGUUUGACCGCUAUGAUGAGGACUUUGAAGAGAUGCCAGGAGGAGGCUUUCCUCAUAUUGAAAUAAACAAGAUGCACAUUUCGCAGUCUAUAGAGGCUCCUUUGACCAACUCUGACACAGCAGUGCUGUCCGGUUCACUCUCUACACACAAUGGGAACGGAGGCGGCAACAUUAACAUGACUCUACGAAGGGUUACGUCAGCCAAGGGCUGGGGAGAGGUGGAGUUUGGUGCAGGAGACAUACUGGGUCCGCUCAUAGGCUUAAAGGUUUUUCGCAAUCUCACUCCACGAUGCUUCCUGACAGCCCAGUGUGGUUUGCAGUUCUCACCUCGAGGUUUACGACCAAGCUGUUCUCUAAUGACAGCACGCCACCUGGACCAGAACACUAUGGGUUACCUUCAAUGGCGCUGGGGGCCUAACAGUGCCAUGACUACUAGCCUGGUCCGAGACACAAAGAGCAGCCACUUUACUUUAGCUCUUCAGCUGGGUGUGCCCCACUCCUACCUGAUGAUGAGCUACCAGUACAAGUUCCAGGAUGAAGACCAGACUAAAGUUAAAGGCUCUGUGAAGACAGGCUGGUUUGGCACUGUGGUAGAAUAUGGAGCAGAGAGGAAGAUCAGUCGACACAGUGUUCUGUCAGCCACUGUCAGCGUCGGCGUCCCACAGGGAGUCACGCUCAAGAUCAAGUUGGCACGUGCCAAUCAAACGUACCUGUUUCCAGUCCACCUGACAGACCAACUGCUGCCCAGUGCUGCUUUCUACGCCACAGUUGGACCACUGCUGGUCUACGCGGCCAUCCACAGACUGAUCAUCAUCCCAUAUACACAAGCACAGAAAGAGCAAGAGCUGGAGCUGCAGAGGAAGAGCUCUGCCACAGAUAUUGCCAAGAAGAAGCAGGAGGCAGAGUCUGCUGUUCUGCUGAUGCAGGAGUCUGUGAGGAGAAUCAUAGAAGCAGAAGAAUCCAAGAUGGGUCUGAUCAUCCUGAAUGCUUGGUAUGGGAAGUUUGUGUCAGACACCAGCCAGAAACAGGAGAAAGCCAAGGUCAUCGAUGUCACUGUGCCUCUGCAAUGCCUGGUCAAAGACUCUAAACUCAUUCUCACCGAGGCCUCUAAGGCGGGGUUGCCUGGCUUCUACGACCCAUGUGUAGGAGAGGAGAAGAGUCUGAAAUUGCUGUACCAGUUCAGAGGUGUUAUGCACCAAGUCAUCUCUGCAGAAAAUGAGCCUCUACGGAUACCCAAGCAAUCUCACAGAAUUGAGUCCAAGUCCAAGUCCUAGGAGCUAACCACUGUCGGAGCACCAGAGGGCAAAAGAGGAUAAAGCCAACUUUGUGUACACAGAAGAACCCAACAAUGGAGGGGACACGUGAAAAAUGAGUCAGUUUCUCUCCUCUGGUGCUCCUCUGUCAUGGUAUUAGUGAGUCUGAUUACUGACUCCCUCUACUCCUUCCUUUCCUGUGGGCC